UUUCAGAGAGAGAGAGAGAGAGAGGUUCCUAAGAAUCUUCGCUCUCCUUAUACCCAAAAAAAGAAAAAGAAAAAGAAAAAAAACUACUAGAGGGAGAGGGGAGUUGAUUGCAUUUUCUCUUGAGAAAGCCAAAGACGACUUCUGACUGAGGUUCUGUGUGGCAAUGGCGUUCUCUUCUUCUCUCCUCAGAUCCACAUCCCCUGCUCUCCAAUCCUCUCUUCCCGACUCCUCCUCAUUCUCAUCAUCAGCCGAUCAAUCCAAGGUGUCGUCUGUUGGUUUCAAUCGCAAUCUGAAUUCUGCAAAGUUUCAGUCAAGCAUUUUUGGUACUGUUGUUCCUGGCAAGCCAUCUUCCUUACAAAAAUGUAUUGCUAGGAGUAUGCAGCCUAUCAAAGCAACUGCAACUGAAAUGCCUCCUACAGUUCUGAAAUCACGAAGCAGUGGGAAGACAAAGGUUGGAAUCAACGGUUUUGGUCGGAUUGGAAGAUUGGUAUUACGGAUAGCAACAUCUAGGGAUGACAUGGAUGUUGUAGCUGUCAAUGAUCCUUUUGUUGAUGCUAAGUACAUGGCUUACAUGCUUAAGUAUGAUUCUACUCAUGGAUUCUUCAAGGGAACCAUCAAGGUCUUGGAUGAGUCCACUUUAGAGAUAAAUGGGAAGCAGAUUAAAAUUUCAAGCAAAAUAGACCCUGCAGAGAUUCCUUGGGGUGAUUUGGGGGCUGAGUAUGUGGUCGAAUCUUCUGGGGUUUUCACAACCCUUGAGAAGGCUUCGAUACACAAGAAGGGUGGUGCCAAGAAGGUCAUAAUUUCAGCUCCAUCAGCUGAUGCACCUAUGUUUGUGGUUGGAGUAAAUGACACUACAUACAAGCCAAGCAUGGAUGUUGUUUCUAGUGCAAGCUGCACCACCAAUUGUCUCGCUCCUCUUGCCAAGGUGGUUCAUGAGGAGUUUGGCAUUGUAGAGGGUUUAAUGACAACAGUGCAUGCAACUACAGCAACACAAAAGACGGUGGAUGGACCUUCAAUGAAGGAUUGGAGGGGUGGGCGUGGAGCUGGACAAAAUAUAAUCCCUAGUUCAACUGGUGCUGCAAAGGCUGUUGGAAAAGUUCUUCCAGAACUUAAUGGAAAGCUCACAGGAAUGGCCUUCCGAGUCCCAACUCCUAAUGUUUCUGUUGUGGACUUAACUUGUCGACUUGAGAAGAGUGCUUCUUAUGAAGAUGUUAAAGCAGCCAUAAAGUAUGCUUCAGAGGGGCCGCUGAAAGGCAUUCUCGGGUACACAGAUGAGGAUGUUGUCUCCAAUGACUUUGUUGGUGACUCAAGGUCAAGUAUAUUUGAUGCCAAGGCUGGGAUGGGACUGAAUGCAUCUUUCAUGAAGCUUGUUUCAUGGUAUGACAAUGAGUGGGGUUACAGCAACCGAGUGUUGGACCUGAUAGAGCACAUGGCAUUGGUGGCUGCCAGCAACUAAGUGGUCUUGGAGGAGGAGACUGCUGUUUCAUUUUGGAGCCUGCAUUGAUUUUAGUUAAAAGGAGCACUUUAUAAAUUUCAGUCAUUUUUGUGUUUAAUUGGUCUUUGUUAUCAUCAUCAUAUCAUUUGAGCUUUUCUAUGAGGUUCAUAAUGGGACCUAAAAAUAAUGACGAUUCCACACGAGUAUGAACUCGCUUUAGUAAUACAUAUAUAUGAUUUGUUUGUGCCGAGUGUUUA